AUUUUGAUCCCCACCAUCUCGUGAAGCAUUUGUCGAUCUUAGAGCCGUGAUGGAAGGCCGAGCAGCGCGUGAAAGGCUCCAAGGCCAGAUCGACACCAUUGGGCAUAUAAUGGAAUUGACCGGCUGCCCGUCAGUCGGAAUAGGUGUCCUGCAUCAGGGACAAACAAUCUUCGAGCACUUCCAGGGCCUUUCAGAUGUCACAAGAAAAGUGCAAGUCGACAAGGACACAUGCUACAUGAUUGGAUCUCUAACAAAAGCCUUUGUAUCUGCAUCAUGCGGUAUACUGGUGGAGGAGGGAAAACUGGACUGGGCAGAGCCGAUGGCUACUUACAUACCCUUUCAUCAAAAGAACGAUCCGGUCAUCGCGCAGCGUGCAUGCCUCGCAGAUGCACUGUCUCAUUCGAGCGGGUUUCCUCAGAUCGACAUAUCAUGGUAUGGCGCAGACGGAGAAAGCAUUCUAGAUCCGGGGGAUCUACUACACGUUACAUCGCACAUGCCUGUCUUCCCGGAUUUCAGAGCGAAACUCCACUAUUCAAACUGGCCAUAUGCCCUUGCAGGACGCAUCAUAGAGGCUGUAGGUGGAAACGAUGCGUCAGACGGCUGGGGUGGAUUUGUUCAGAAACGAAUUUUCGACCAGUUGAGCAUGUCGCGUUCCACGACCAGCCGCGCGGACCUCGUCGACCGAAACUUUGCGGAACCACACACCGUGCUCAGCUCUCGACAGCCUGCCCGCCUACCAGUGCCAGAUAUCUCUAGUAAGACUAUCACGGGAGCAGCAAUGGCAAUAUGGUCAACCGUGCCAGACAUGCUCACGUGGUCGAAAGCAAUACUUGAGCGGCUGAAAGCAGAGAAUCAACACGACGAAUCGAAGACCACAACCAGUCGUGUGGCCGGGCGGUCUGCUUUGGGAAAUGACGGCAAGGAUGGUGACCACGGAGAUCUCCGUGGCGUAAACAACGGAUAUACCGAUUCGAAACGAACACAGGACGGCUGGCCAGCUCGGACGACCGACCUUACUUCAAGCGAGCCACAGAUGGAUCUUAAAAUGUCAACUCCUGGAGAGGCUGUCAGGAAGCAAGAGAACCCCCUCCGUCAGGUCCUGCACAUCACAAGCCAUAGAUUCCCAAUCACCGAUGACACUGUGCAUGAGAAUACGUAUGGCUUUGGAUGGGCGCGACAUCAGAUUCCGUCUUGCCACCUAGGUUGGCUUUCUAUCAACGGUCCACAAAAAUGUCACAUCAUUGGAGCACAGUCCCAACCGCGAUUGUUGUUAUAUCAUGGUGGUCAAGUUACAGGAUACCUGAACUCGAUAUAUGUGUUCCCGGAAACGGACUCGGCUAUCGUAGUCCUAACUAACGCCCAAAGCCUGGGUGACUGUUCAGACCUAGUAGGUCAAGCUCUCGUACAGGCUCUCUUCAAAAUGGAACCGGAGCUGGACUUUCGCAGCAUAGCAGCGAGUAUUUCAGGCGAGCAUUUGCUCAGGUUCGACGAGAUGAAGACAGAGUACGAGAGCAACCGCGUCCCAAAUACGAAGUCUCCCGACCUGCGCGAGGUGGAAGGUGUUUUCAUGAACAGCGACAUCCGAGUUAAGAUCAACGUUUCCAGAGUAGGAAAUGAGAAUGGGCGACUGGAAAUGCGCCUGAACGACCGAGAGAGCCAGCGUCAUAGGCUGCAACACUACCAUUAUGACACCUUCGGCUUUUUGCCGGAAUCAAGAGACGAAAAAGAGCUCCGGUGCCUCGUUGACUAUGGCUCAUAUCAGCAAUUCCUUUUGUCCUUCGUUAGGGGAGAACAGUGUGAGAUAACGGGCUUAGAAUGGGUGAUGGAAAACGGUUUCCCGCCUCUAAGGUUCGAAAGACUAUCUUCAGAUUGAGCAGGCUGAGGGUUUGAAAUCCCUAGGAGGCACAGGCAGAUCGAUUACCAUGCCUUAUGAGUAAGACAUACAUAUAUGUGUGCCGCAAUCUACGUUGUUCGAUAGAGUGCGCUGCACAUUGCAUAAUGGAGCAGAGAGGAUGGUCUCGCGCGAGUAAGAAAUGUUACUUGCUUACCCCCGUUCAACAAUCCUUUUCCUCCGUAAACCGUCCGUGAUCUCCUAGUUUAGCUAGAGUUGGGAAUGAAUACGAGUUGAGAACAAAAAUAC